GUAUUUCCGGAGCCCGUUCCACGCCUGCAUCCUGCUUUAGGUGGCUACACCUGCCGUGGGCCUCUGGAUUCUCUGAGUGGAGUGUUUGGAAGUGCCACCUUUUUGACCCUACGCCAUGGGAGUGACUUGUGUGUCCCAGAUGCCUGUGGCUGAGGGCAGGAGUGUCCAGCAGACAGUGGAGCUCCUCACCAGGAAAUUGGAGAUGCUUGGGGCAGAGAAACAAGGAACAUUUUGUGUGGACUGUGAGACUUACCACACAGCUGCCUCCACCCUCGGUGGCCAAGGCCAGGCCGGGAAGCUGAUGUACGUGAUGCACAACUCUGAGUACCCGCUGAGCUGCUUUGCCCUCUUUGAGAACGGCCCUUGUCUGGUUGCUGACACCAACUUCGAUGUGCUCAUGGUGAAGCUCAAGGGUUUCUUCCAGAGUGCCAAGGCCAGCAAGAUCGAGACCCGGGGCACUCGCUACCAGUACUGUGACUUCCUGGUGAAGGUGGGCACGGUCACAAUGGGGCCCAGUGCCCGUGGCAUCUCUGUGGAGGUGGAGUAUGGCCCUUGUGUGGUGGCUAGUGACUGCUGGAGCCUCCUGCUUGAGUUCCUACAGAGUUUUCUAGGUAGCCACACGCCAGGGGCCCCCACAGUAUUUGGGAACAGACAUGAUGCUGUGUAUGGGCCAGCAGAUACCAUGAUACAGUACAUGGAACUCUUCAACAAGAUUCGAAAACAGCAGCAAGUGCCCGUGGCUGGCAUCCGUUAGUGACUGGCAGCUGCCCACCUGCUGAGCUGUCACCAGGGUACUGCCCAGGAGGAGCAGGUGCUGCACUCGGGGUCCUGGGGCUCUGGACCCCCCUCCUGACCUAUUUCAGCUGUUUGUUACUUCACGCCUUAACUGGAUUUGGCUUGUCCUCAAGGAUGGUAAUUGUGAAGAAUGGAGAAGCUUGGGCCUUUCCUGCUGUAGGGUAUCGGCAGGACAGGGUGGUCCCUGCCAGCUCUGAAGGUGAAGACUGUCUGUGACCCCAGCUCCCGAGGAUUUGGUAUAGGCCACAGUGGCCACACUCUGCUGUACUGUGGCUGUACUGGGUGGAAGCCCCUGCUUGAGGACGUGGCUGGCCUCUCCUGGAGAUGGUUGGGUGGCGUGACUGGAUUGCUCUCGCUUUCUGGCUAUUGGCCGUAGUGAUGGCGAACAGAACUGAGUCUGCUCGAGUGUUGCUUUCAUCCUUUGAACUCUGAUGGCCUCCCUUUCUGUUUUGAAGUGUGUGAACCCAUAGGCUAGGCUGCUACAGCAACACCAAAGCGUGGGCUCUUCCUGCACAUUUUAUCUUUUCUUACCCAAUAGUUCAGAGGCAGUCAGUUCCCCAGGGCGAAUUAACUGUAGGGUUAGCACAAACUAGGCUUCUUACAUCUUAUUGGUGGGUCACCCCAGUAAUGUUUUCCUUACCACAGGAUCUGCGCGCACUCAUUAGCUCCAUAUUCACAGUCCACUGGGAAGAGAGAGAGAAGGGAGGUUCCUGCCAGAGUUGCUCACAUCACUUUGUCUAGGAUCUCCUGCUGUGCUUCACACGUUGUCUUCUUGUCAAACGUGAGCCUUGAAGUUACUCAUUGAUACCACUGCUUACCUACCUCACCCCUGCCACAGAAACAGUUAACCAGGCUAACAUUUGAGAUGCACAUAGAUAGGCUUGGGAAAAUGGUUAGUAUACAGAGUGUAGGUGUCACUGAGGAGUCUGUCCUCAAGUCCGCUAAGCAGACGUCCCAGCGCAUGUCUUACAUACUGCAGCUGCCAGGCGCUGCUCACACUUACCCUAGCUCUGGCUGUAGGGUCUGUUAUCCACGUUGCUCACUGUUCCUUUCCCUCGCUUUUGUUGUUAGUUAAUGUUUGUUCGUUUUGUUUCUGCACUUUAAAAAUUGAGGUAUGUUUUAGGUAUCACAAUAAAAUCUACAAAUACUACA